AUAACAAUGGUUUACGGUGCAGAUGCUCCUGACGCUCGACUCUUCCAGCUGUUUUAAUGUACCAGUGACAGAGGAUAUAGGUUACCAUGUUUCUUCUGCAAUAACAUCCAUGUCGCGCCCAUAAAGAGCACAACAUCACAGCUAUCUCUGCACGAUGAGUAACGCCACUAAACGAGAAUUGGAGCAGAAGAGGAGACUUCAGCACUUUCUGGCUGAUUUGGCUUUACUUGGAUCAUUACAGGGUUUUAAAUAUUUUCAACCAUGGCUCAGAGGAAAAGAAGAACUACUCCUAACAGUUGUCAAUGAAGAUUUGGGCUGGCACUCUCCUGCAUAUGUGGUUUCUAGGGCCUCUUCCAGCAGUAGCAGUAACAGCAGUGACGCCUCCCCCAGCAGCAGCACUCUAAGCCUGGCCAGCAGUCGAAGCAGCUCCCCCCUGCCUGGAGAUCCACUGCCCACACGCAACAACAGCGUGCAUAAAAGCCGGUCAGAUCCAGUCAGCGAUUCCCACAAUGAAGAGCACCUCCUCCCUGCCUCGCCCAGUGAAAGAGAAAUGGCAAUACCUGAAGUCAACUGCACUUUGUUUUUAGUUGCUGGUUAUGUUAAAUAUGGUCGCCCUUAUGCCUGGAUACGCUCCAACCAUGAACGCCUUGUCAACAUCGGGGGCAUAGACUCGAUGGUGAAAGAUACACCCAUGAAGCUCAAGUCCAUUACUGAUUGGCAAACACAAGGAAUCCGAGUUUGGGACGUGGUGAGUGAGCUAGUGUCUCUCUGCACUGUCCCCUCUCCUUCUAAUCCAUUUGCUCUGGACUUGCGUUACGUCAAAAGUCUUCCCCUCACGGAUCGUUUUCUUGUUACCGGAGCCCUACUCAACUUUCUGGAGAUGUAUAUUGUCUAUGGGAACCGAGAUGAAUUGCACUAUGAUAAAGUGGUCGAGGAGGUGAAACCUCUAAGGCGCCUGCACGUCCGAUCUCUUCUGGAGCUGCAGCAGCAAAGAGAGAGCUCCAGACUUACCACCAGCCCCAUCACCUGAGGACCAGCCCCAUCAGAAGCCUCAUCACAGCCACCUCACCCGAGGAACUGCCUCCCUGCUCAUUCACAACUGAGCAAAAUGUGAAAAGUACUCACCAAAAUGUAAAAACUGCAGUUUGGACAUUUUAUUUGAGCAGCACUGAGGUGGUGUACAGACUGGCUAUACUCCAGGUUAGCAAUCUAUUUGUGUUAGUUGUAUAGUACAGACAGUCUGGUGGGAGUGAAUGGGGAAAUUCAGUCAGGAAAGAAAAGGGCCUGGCAGUAGAUCUCAUCCACCACAGCUCUGAGUCACAAGAGCAUGUGCAAGGCAACAAUAAGCAGGCUGUCUUUAACAGUCGCCUACAAAUGAGGAAGUGGAGGGUGGGAUCUGCUGGUGUAUUCUUACAGUUAGAUAUUGCAGUCACAUGUGUUUCAAAAGCUCAUGUCCUGGGAACUCAGUCACAAGACUGAAAAAUCCCUGGACCUGCCCCAUGUCAUGCCCAGUCACCUCAAAUCACCUCUGCUCCGCUGGGCCAAAUUUAUCA